CUCCCCGCCUACCGCGGAGUGGUGGAGGGUAUUGCGCGGGCCGGAAGCGGCGGCCGCGCGCCCCGGUGGGCUUGAGGGAGGCCGGCGCGCGGGCGGAGCUCGGGGCAGGCGGCGGAGGCGGCUGCUCGGCGGGCAGCGCUGCGGGCCGCGAUUAGUUCUGUUGGAGGUUAAACACUUGGGAGAGGAAAAUGACAUCGAUUAUCAAGUUGACUACGCUUUCAGGAGUGCAGGAGGAAUCUGCCCUUUGCUAUCUGUUGCAAGUAGAUGAAUUUCGUUUUCUUUUGGACUGUGGCUGGGAUGAAAACUUUUCUAUGGAUAUUAUAGAUUCUCUAAAAAAACAUGUACACCAGGUUGAUGCUGUUCUUCUUUCUCAUCCUGACCCUCUACACCUUGGUGCGCUUCCAUACGCGGUUGGAAAAAUGGGGUUGAAUUGUGCCAUUUAUGCAACUAUUCCUGUUUAUAAAAUGGGGCAGAUGUUCAUGUAUGAUCUCUACCAGUCCCGCCAUAAUACCGAAGAUUUCACACUCUUUACAUUGGAUGAUGUAGAUGCAGCCUUUGAUAAGAUACAACAGCUGAAGUUUUCUCAGAUUGUGAACUUGAAAGGCAAAGGACAUGGUUUGUCAAUCACGCCAUUGCCAGCUGGACACAUGAUAGGAGGCACAAUCUGGAAGAUUGUCAAGGAUGGAGAGGAAGAAAUUGUUUAUGCAGUUGAUUUCAACCACAAGAGGGAGAUUCAUCUGAAUGGAUGUUCCUUGGAAAUGCUGAGCAGGCCUUCAUUACUUAUUACAGAUUCAUUUAAUGCUACUUAUGUACAACCCAGGAGGAAGCAAAGGGAUGAACAGCUACUGACUAAUGUUUUGGAGACAUUGCGAGGUGAUGGCAAUGUGUUAAUAGCGGUGGAUACAGCAGGCAGAGUUCUGGAGCUUGCUCAACUCCUUGAUCAGAUCUGGAGAACGAAGGAUGCAGGAUUAGGAGUCUACUCCCUGGCACUUCUGAAUAAUGUCAGCUACAAUGUAGUGGAGUUUUCUAAAUCACAGGUUGAAUGGAUGAGUGACAAGUUGAUGAGGUGCUUUGAAGACAAGAGAAACAACCCUUUUCAGUUCCGCCAUCUCUCCUUAUGCCAUAGUUUGUCUGAUCUGGCACGAGUGCCGAGUCCAAAAGUUGUUCUUGCCAGUCAGCCUGACUUAGAGUGUGGGUUUUCUAGAGAUCUUUUCAUUCAGUGGUGCCAGGAUUCCAAAAACUCUAUAAUUUUAACCUACCGCACUACACCUGGAACAUUAGCACGAUUCCUGAUUGAUAAUCCUUCUGAGAAAGUUAUAGAUAUUGAGUUGAGGAAACGUGUCAAGUUGGAAGGAAAAGAACUUGAAGAAUACCUAGAAAAGGAGAAACUAAAGAAAGAAGCAGCUAAGAAGUUAGAACAGUCUAAAGAGGCAGAUAUCGAUUCUAGCGAUGAGAGUGAUGCUGAAGAGGAUAUUGAUCAGCCAACUGUGCAUAAGACCAAACAUGAUUUGAUGAUGAAAGGUGAAGGUAGCCGGAAAGGAAGCUUCUUCAAGCAGGCAAAGAAGUCUUAUCCAAUGUUUCCAGCCCCUGAAGAAAGAAUUAAAUGGGAUGAAUAUGGCGAGAUUAUCAAACCUGAGGAUUUUCUAGUUCCAGAACUUCAAGCAACAGAAGAAGAAAAAAGCAAAUUAGAAUCUGGUUUGACAAAUGGAGAAGAGCCUAUGGACCAGGAUUUAUCAGAUGUUCCUACCAAAUGUAUUUCUGCUACAGAAUCGAUGGAAAUUAAAGCCAGAGUUACAUAUAUUGACUAUGAAGGACGCUCAGAUGGCGACUCAAUUAAGAAAAUUAUUAACCAAAUGAAACCAAGACAACUGAUCAUUGUCCAUGGACCACCUGAGGCCAGUCAGGACCUUGCAGAAUGUUGCAGAGCUUUUGGUGGAAAAGAUAUUAAAGUUUAUAUGCCAAAACUACAUGAAACUGUAGAUGCAACCAGUGAAACUCACAUUUACCAGGUCAGAUUAAAAGAUUCUCUUGUCAGCUCCCUUCAGUUCUGUAAAGCCAAGGAUGCUGAGUUGGCUUGGAUAGAUGGUGUUCUGGACAUGCGGGUUUCGAAAGUGGAUACUGGAGUUAUUUUGGAAGAGGGGGAGCUGAGGGAAGAUGAAGACUUAGAGAUGCAAGUGGAUGUGCCUUCUUCAGAUUCUAGUGUCAUUGCACAACAGAAGGCCAUGAAAAGCCUCUUUGGUGAUGAUGACAAGGAGAUGUGUGAGGAGAGCGAGAUCAUUCCUACUUUGGAACCUCUGCCACCCCAUGAGGUUCUUGGACAUCAGUCUGUGUUUAUGAAUGAGCCAAGGCUGUCUGACUUCAAGCAAGUUCUCUUGCGAGAAGGUAUUCAAGCUGAAUUUGUAGGAGGAGUGCUUGUGUGCAACAACCUGGUGGCUGUUCGUAGGACUGAAACGGGGCGCAUUGGAUUGGAAGGCUGUCUCUGUCAAGACUUCUAUAGGAUAAGAGACCUUUUAUACGAGCAAUACGCUAUUGUCUAAGGAAAGUGCUGCAAAGAUGUUUUUACUUGAACUUUUGAAGACAGUGGGGACUUCUCCCAAUUUUGACUUUUUGUAGUUUUCUAAUUUAUACAGGCGAAACCUAAUUCCUAAAGAACAAUUAACUACCCUGAACAUGUAAAUAACUGCUACUUGUCAUUCUUCAUAAAUCUGUUGGUACAUUCCAUGUUGUUGACUUUCAAACCGUUGCUGUCUCCCACGUAAGACACAGUAAAUGAGUUUAUGAUUAUGAAUCCUUCUCAGGAAAGGUUCAAAUUGUCAGAAUGUGUUUUGGCUUCAUAGAUUCCCUGCCAAAGAAUACAAAAUACAGCAAAGUCAUUCUUCUGUCCUAAAAUAAGAUUAGAUGGGGAACCGUGGGUUGCUUUGGUUUUGUACUUUUUGGGUCUUGUGCGGUUGGGGUUUUUGGUUUGGUUUUCUUUUGUUUGGUUGAGUUUUUUUGAUAACUCUGAUUUAGCAGGACAGUCAAGUGUCAUUUGUUUGUUUUGUUUGGGUUUUGUUCAUUUAAAUGGAGGUUAGCUAAAGGACGUUUUUAAUAGCCGUUUGAAGCUAAACUUGUUUAACUUUCCACCAGUGUUAAUCUGACUGCAUCUUGGUGUUGCAUCUGCUCCUACUGAUUUGAGCCAGAACAGCAUUUCAUAUUCUAUAUCAAAAAAUUUACUGUGGAAAGGUACUCUAAGAUGACUGGAUAAUAUUGUCGGGCAGUUUAAAAUCCAAUAAUUGUGUGCUUCAGUGUAACUUCUGUGCAGACUUACAGAAUUCACAACUUCAAGCUUUUGCAAAAUUAUGCCAACUAUAAGAUCUUUUCUGAGUUCUGACUUUAAUACUUUCAAAGUCUAAAGGCUUUAUCCAUGCAGUGCUGUUUGUUCAGAGUGCCAUGAGCCAAGUUCAGGAAGAUCCUGUAUCUUGAAAUCUGACUCAUGUGAUGUAUUUAAUGGUUUUGUGCCAUGUUUCAUUCUACUUGCAUGUUUUGUGCCAUUUUUCAUUCUAGUUGACAGUGGGAUUUACUGUAGCUGCUGAUGCUGGGAAUUGACGUUUUUAGGUGAAAAUGAGCACAGUUUUGGGCGCCUUAAUUUCUCAGAAACGAACUUACGCAAGCAAAUGGCCUCUUCAGAGUUUAUUUAAUACUUCUUUUCUCUGUCCACAUGUGAACCAUCAGCUUUGGCAGCAGAGCAUUGCUUGCUUGUUUUUACAUACAACAGCAAUGUAAUACGUGCUCUCUGUGUGUAUGUUUAAAUAAAACCUUUUGAAAAAGUGGCAAAAAUAGCCCUGUGGGCUUUCAGUGAAAAGAUAACUUACUGUGCCAUGUAUUGCUGAGAAAUAGUUUUCUCUCUGAUCUACAGGCUAUUCUGUUUAAAAUAGUAACUUAAAACUGAAGACUGUGUUAAAACAAAACAAAAACAAAACAAGCACUUGCUAGAACUAUAUGCUAAAAAUGUAAAAACCUCAAAAAUUGAAUGCUCAGUGACAACGUAUUUUGUUACACAAAGCAAAUCUUGGCUAGGUAUGACUGAAUGGCUCAAUGUGCUGCUUUUUUAUUUUUUUUAAUUUAUUUUCUGUUUCAUUGACAGCCACAACUUCAUAGAAAUGCUCCGGGGUUGUAGCUGGUUUGUAGCAAUGCUAUUUAAAUCUAUACAAUAUUGGGUGCUUGUUGGUUAAUACUAUUGUAUUGUUGCUGAUACUAAUGAACUUUUAUAAAGUGAGUUAUUUUGUACGUGAUUAUAUUGGCCUUAGGACUUUUAACUUGAGAGCUUAGUGUGGGCAGAGAUCACGCAUACCUGCAUGCAAUAUACUAAUAAAGAAAAAAUCCCUUAGGAAAUAAAAAUAGUGCUGUUCUUAAGAAAAGGAUAAAGACAAGACAGUACGAUCAUAAAUAUCUCAGUUUUGGUUUUUUAACCUGUUGAUUCAAAUCCAGCAGUUUAAGGAAAGUUUAGGUUACUGGUCACUAAAGUUUCCUGUGUUCUGAUAGAGGAGAAUCCUGAAUUAGUGCCAUCACUGAGGAAUAGGCUUAAGCCUUUGUGUGAGCAGACCAGCUAACUGUUCUUUUUCAGUCUAUUCAGCAUAAGUGUGGCUUGAAAUCAGACCUAGAAAGCUGAUAUGCAGGGCUUUCUAGUCAUGUGAGGGCUGGGACUAGGGAAAGUUGAGUUUUUUUGUGGACAAUUUGGUGGUGGUCUGUAGUAAGCACAUGACAGGCUGCAUAUGUGCUGUGGGGCAGGUGUGCUCCUUGGCGAUGCUUUCAUUACUUGUGGAACUGAAGCAAAUUCUCGUGAAUUUUGCAGUCCUCUGUUAGCUCUCAGAUUAUUGUUUUUCUGUUUGGUUGGUUGUUUUUUUUUUUUCCCCUCCUUAACUGUGAUUAACUUUAAACAAUAAUUGAACUUCUCUGUGUAAUCUUCAGAGUUAUUAAUCUGGUUCUUGUUUGUAUCUGAAAUGAAAGAUUCAUUUCCCCUUACCUCCACAAAAUGUCAGUGCUGCCAUGGACUGUAAGCUGUAUUCUCUGACUUCUCCCAUUUCUUCACUAGGAGUAAGAAUUUGAUAAGGGGUACCACUUUUUUACUCUUUGCUGUAUUGCUUUUGAGGCCAAGAAUAUUAACUUCAAGUCAAACCUAGUUUUGGUACUUACUUUGACCAUUCAAAAGUAUUUCCUUCCAAGGGCCUUGGAUAAUUUGGAUUCCUUAGCUAAGAAGAGCCAGAGGCAUGUAGAGAGGCUGGAAAGGCAGAAACUUGCCUUCUCCAACCCCCAAAGUCUGUAGUAGUCGUGGGUAAAUCCCAGCUAUCUGUAUUUUCUUCUUCCUGUGCCUAUAUAGUAGGAUAUGAAGAUGUAUUCCAAAAGAUUAAGGGAAUGUAGAGGCAGAACUCUUUAAUAAUAAAAAAAAAUUCUAGAAUUGUUAAGCUGUUCCAGUUGUCUAAACAUAGCUUUAACCUGAAGUUAAAUGACUUUGUGGGCGACAGUCUCAUUUUUAAUCAUUCUACUUUGACAGUAUGUACUGGAGCUGAAAAUCUAUCUUCUUCUCCUUCCCUGAGCAGUGUUUAGACUUAACCAUAUCCACGUUUCAAAAUAACGGAAAGGUGGUAUGCCCUGCAUUCAGUCAGAGACUGAAACAGUCUCAUAAGGGCACUUGAGAUAUAUUUGGUGGUAGAAUUUCCUUGGAAAUAUAGGAAUUCUCCUGUGUAUGUGUUAGCUUUUAAUCGCAGUCAAACACUAUUAAUCUGGAAUAAACAAGCAAAAAGAUACCCUCCCAACACCCACACCCCCCCCCCCCCAAAUAAUUGUUACAGAUGUUGUACCCUAAACCACUUACAUAGUACAGAGUCAAGAUUUCAUUGAUAAGGCAUAUGACAUGUAUUAAUGUUUUGGUUAGGAAAAGGGAGUGUAGUGCCUAGGGAAAACACUUAAACCACUAACAUUUUUGAGACUUUAGCAAAAGAAAUCUUGCUGUCAGGAUCUGAACAUGGCACAAUAUUCUGUUUGAUAGCUUUUACAGAUAUUUUCAUAGUUUUAUAAAGGUGGUGCUGGGGAAGAUACUGCAGUCAAAUCUGAUGAAGUAUCUAGUAAACAGAAUGUUAGGUCUUGACCUGAAAACUGUAUAAGGAACUGAUGGUAGUUCAAAGUGGGUUCAUGAAUCUAGAUCAAAUAAUCUUUAAAACUGCCUGCUGAAAUUUAUUUAAAAAAAUGCUUCAAAUAGUCUUAAGUCUUCUCUGAGACUCUGAUUGGAAAAGGAGUAUGACACAAAGAUCACAAUUUACAUCACUAGGAUUUAUUUUGUAAAUGGGAGUCCAUCGUGUGGCUUGUUUCCUCCAAGUACAGAAUAGGGUAAAUAGCCAAAGUUUAUGUGAGCAGUAUUCAUCAUAAAAAAAGAGUACUUCUGUUUCUUCCAGUAGAGUUGAAAACUUCCAUUACAAUAACACAAUCUUUUAUAGAAACUCAUCUUCCAGGAAGUUUGCCAGCAGGGCAGAUAUUUCACUGAAUGUUUUAGGUGGUCUAAAAUUGCAUCCUCACUGCACGAUAAGCAGUAUAUAUUGUGAACUGUUACUGCUUAACCAGUAUUAACCAAGGGAUGAAAGAGCAUGUUGUCUUAGGGUUUCUAAAUUGUUUACAUUAGUAAAAUUCUUGAUUUCUUGUCCUAAAA